AUGAGCACGGCGUCCGUCAGGGAGGAAUUGACAGGCGAAACACAGCGGCAUGCGGGGAGCGAUCUGCUGUUGCGAAAGCUUCCUCUUCUCGCCAAGGCUUAUGCGCUUGCACAGCAGCACCCAAAGGAUCCACAGGCGGAGUGCAAUUUGCUUUGCUACGGACCAGAAGUGUAUCGUAUUCUUUCAACUGCACGCCGGCGAGAUGACCGCGGCUUCUUGCGACCUCGACAAUGUCAACGUUUGGAGGCGGAAGAAGAUGACGACAUUGACGAUGAGAAGAAAAGGGAAUCAAGGAUGGAUGCCGUGGUGAUGCUACCGACACGCAUUCCGUUUCUUGGCGUAAUAGAGUCGGAGCUUUGCAAGUCAAUGGAAUCCGUACAAGAGGCCCGCAGUAGGAAGAAAGGAUCGGAAGGUGUUACUGCGGAUGCAAUAAGUGCGAACGGUGCAUCGAGGCGCAUCGGUGGCAAGAGAAGGAGGCAUGGAGCGGAGGCGGAUGCACAAAAGGGCAAUGAUGAGAGUGAUGAGGAGGAAAAUGAGGAUACGGGAGUGAAGGAGGGGGAUGGUGGCACACGAAGUAGGAUGGAGUAUGAUGUGGGCGGUGAGGAAUGUGUCUUGCUGCGUGCCAUUCGUGAGCCGCUAGCGGCGUGGUGUGCGGGGGAUAAAAAAAAUCAAGCUGGUGCGACGGGCGCCAGCAACACCAGAAACGGCCACAAGAACAGUGGUUUCAGCGAGGGAGUUGGGGGUGGCCGGAUGCCGUGGGAACAGAUGCUGGAGAGCAUCAUGAGCCGCUACGGCGCCGCGGAUGUGGAACAGGAUGGCGAGGCUGUUCAGUCAUAUCUUCGCCGAGUGUCAUGGAUUGAGCAGCAGAAAAAACUGCAGCUGGGGCUCGGCGCGGCUACAGGGACGCGUCAUCACAGCGAACAGCCGUGGAUGAGCAUGACAGAUGCGAUGCGAGUGCAGAAGGAGAUGCAGCGCAUGCGUCUUCAACGAAAGCGGUUUCACCGUCCGCAUAAAUCAACAGAGGGGUGA